CCUUUUAGUAAGCAAGGAAAUCAGAGCACAAUGGUACUAAGGGCAUACGUUUUAUAAAGGUAACAUGAACCAACGGAAUUCAAGACUCUUUUUGACUCUGACAGUGGCUCUCUCUUUAUCCAGCAACACUUUUUCAUCGCAAGUAAAUGAAACAACUACAUCUGUGAAUCACACUGAGCAACCCAAACAAACUGAUGCAACAACUACUGAAUUAAGCCCAAUAACUGCAGAAGUUAAGUACGGAAAUCACUCUACCAUAAGCUUAUCCUUACAAGCAAGUAAGGUGGCUUCCUCAACAGUUUCACAUUUCAGAUUUUCAUCAAAGAAACAGCAAGAUGUCCACAAAACAAAUACUUCUGGCACCGUAGCCACCAGCAUAAAGACUACUCCGAAUAAAUCAUGGCAGAACAGGUCAAAGGGAUAUUCUCCAUCAUCUACGACCAAGUCAGGCAAUCGUAAGACACCAAACAAAACCUUCAUUAUCUUGGUGAUUGCACUUCCCAUCCUGGGCCUCGUUCUGCUUAUAUUGAUGGUUGCCUUUGUGAUAUGUUUCACUCGUAAGAAAAAGCAAAUCCUGGAUGAUGAAGCUACCAGUGAAAAUCUAGCAAGCCCAAUUUUUGAAGAGGACAUUCAUUCAGUGAUGGAGGUUGAAAUGGAUGAACUGGAGAAAUGGAUGGGAAGCAUAAAAAAAGCCUCUCAACAGGAGACUUUACCGGAAGAAAAAGAAUUGAAUCCCAAAUCAAGUGAAUCAGAAUCAUGAAACGUUCGCCAAGUUAAUUGACAAAGAUGGAUUCCUGUCCCAGAAUGUCCCUGAAUGAGACAAUCCAUAUGCACUGUAUCCUUAAUGUAUUCUUUUUCAUCCACUUAUGGAGCUUUCACAAACUUCUUAAACUUUAUUUUUGAUUAAAGGUUUGUUUUUUGUUUUCAAAAAAUUGAAUUGUGCACGUAGUUACUGAUUUGUAUAAAAUGUCUAACAUAACAUCCUUUAAUUUUGUUCUGUGUAGAGGAUGUUAUUUGUUCCACAACAUAAAGGAACAAGAAAAAGAAACAAGCAAUAGUUGUAGAGAUCGAAAGAGCUAAUGUAACAAUGUGGAACAAGCACAAUACCAUUAAACCAUAAAACAGGUAGAGGUAUCGCUGAAAGAUAAAAAUGCUGCAACCAUUAAUAAGAUAACUCUGUUCAAUCAGUUUGCUACAUAUCAAGGGAAUUAGAUAGAUACUGGAAGAAAAGGAGUCUUAAAGGGGAGAAAUGAGCAGGAGAGUGGGCUCAUGUAGAAAAAAGCACAAGUGAGCCAAAUGGCCUGUUUCUAUGCUGUAAUAUUCUAUGAAUUCAGCCUCUCACAUCCUCACCUCACUGAGCGCUAAGUUUUGUACCCCUCUCACCAGGCUCCACUGGCUCCCUGAUUUCCAAUAGAUUGACUUUAAGCUCCUCACUCUCACCUACAAAUCCCUACAUGCCCUCCCCCCACACUCUCUUACCACUGGGACCUUCUCUAGCCUCACUCGUCUGCUUGUCCUCUCCACUCAGCAAAACUCAGGUAUGCCAUGUGUUCCUCACCCCCUCACACAAUUGGCAACUGAGCCUUCAGGCACUAUGCCCCUACCCUCUGGACUUCCCUCUCUCACCACCUUUAUCUGCCUAUUAGAACUUCUUGAAAACCUACCUCUUCAAAUGUGCCCACAGUCUACCAGUCAUGGUAGAACAGAGCACAGGACUUCCUUUCAGAAAUUCUAAAGGAUUAUAGCCAGUGGGACAAAUGUUUAGUGAAACUUUUACAAUUUCAAAUGUGCUGAUGGAUUACACCCUGGUGUGAUAGGAUGGACUUUAGACUUACCAUUCUCCAUACAGUGAGUUUUCAAUCUCAGCUGCACCACAUACAAAAGAGCAAAGUUAAAAGACAUUUGGAUCAGUGUCAUUUGCCCACUGGUGCCUCAGCUGUACAGUGGUUGACCCUGUGAGUAGUGUUUGGGAGCUUUCUGUGUUAGGGAAUGGGGGGCUACAGAAAGGCAAUAAAGAGGGAUAGAAAAAUAACAGACUUGCCAUCCUCCAUACAGUGAGGUUUCAGUUUCAGCUGCACCACAAACAAAAGAGCAAAGUUAAAAGACACCUGGAUCAGUGUCAUUUGGGAGAGAAAGUGAAAAGGUAAAAGAGCCUAACUCUAAUUUUUGCUCUUUUGUGUUUAGCUUUCUGUUUGAAAGAAGCAUUUUUAAAUGUGGUACAUCUAUAGUUACAAUGUAAAUGCAUAUUUCAUGCCAUAGAGAAUAACACAAUGCCCA